GCUCAGCCCUGUUCUGCAGCGCAGCUCGCGAUCGAGUGCAGCCUUCUCCACCUCGCCAACCUCAAAGCGCGUGGUUUCGCCUGGCACACGAACAACCCUGGCAGCCAGCAGCACUGGCAUAACGCCGCGUGGGCCUCGCCGAUCCCCGUGGUCUGUCCCGGACAGGAACACCACAGCGGCAGCUACAGCGGUGGCUACAGCGGUGGCUACAGCGGCCUCAUCGACCUCAUCGACCUCAGCAGUCUCAGCCACUUCGCGCCCGCACCGGCAAGUGCCGCCGGGCUCAGGCCCAGGGCUCAAGAGCUGUUCGCAGCCGCGGCUUCCGCAGGCAUCGCAGGCAGAUGUCCCGCCACCUUCGCCUGGAGCUCCCGAGAAUCGACGGUGUCAGAGUGUCUCAUCAUUGGAGUCCCCAGCUUUGUGGGCUGCGGCCAAGCAGUGCUGGAAAGUCCUGGACUUGCUCGACCCUCUGAAGGCAUCCCUGACCGGCGUUUUGAAGCCUGCAGGGGGAGGGAGAGCUGAUGUGAAGCAGCCGCCUGCCAGCGAUGUGGAGAAGCUGCGUGGGCGUUGCACUGACAUGGCAGCAGCCAUGAAAAGCUUGCAGAAGGUCCUCAAUGAUCCAGCAGGUGGAAGGAUGCCGGAGGCUUCGCAGAGCGAUGGCGGCACGGGCAGUUGUGCUGAGCCUGAG